UCUAAGAAUAAUUAGUACAUACUAUUGAUCAAGAUCAGUUUUUAAAACAUUAUAAAAUAUUUGAAAUUCAUCUAGAUUUUUAGCCCACUGGCUUUAAUCAAAAUUUACUUUUCUACCAUAGAUUUCUACUGUCAAAGAAUCAGAACCAUAGAAUUCCUCCUGAUCAGAACUGUCAGUUGUCAUUUUUCUCUGUGUCAUUGGUGUCAUUUGUCAAAUAUAUACCAUCAUGUCAGUAGACAAAUUUUUUUGUUUACAAUUCAAAUUUGUGUAAACAUAAACAAAUUCGUUUAUAAAUCUACCCGCAUUUUAUAUUUAAAAAAGGUUGAAUUUUUAAAUUAAACUUGCGUGGUGAUUACAAGUUAGGUUAUAAUUGUUAUUAUUACACCAACCAUCAUGGCUCAAAUGGAGAUUAAAAAAAUGAAACAAGGGAUGUCGUAUUCCUGUAAAGAAAAAGUAAUAAUUUUAAACGUAUUUAAAUACUUUCGUAUGGAGUUCCCAGAUUUCUGUGUAACAGAAAUCGUAAGACGUACGUCGAAAGCUACAGGAUGUAGUGAAAAGAGUAUAUUUCAAUUUCGCAAGGAAGAAGCGAGUGGUCAAGGGUUCAAAGUGCCAUCAACAACAAAAAUUAGAAGAAAUGUCAAUAUAAACAGUAGAGAUAUUAAAUACGAUAAUACCGUGCGCCAAGGUAUAAGAAGUAUAAUUUAUGACUUGAAAUACAAAAACAUAACUACAUCACUAAAUACUAUUUUAAAGCACGUCAAUCAGGAUGCUCAACUUCCAAAUUUUUCUCUUAUGACACUGCGUAGACUCCUCUUUGAUAUGGGUUUUUGUUAUGAAAAACAAGGAAACAAAUCAAUUCUUGUAGAAAAACCGACAGUAAAGAAGGAAGUAAAACAAGAAAAAUCUGGUAAAUCUGCCAAGAAGCCUCAGAAAGUGGCAGCACAAAACAUCCAUCCGGCUACAGAGCAGGUAAAUAGCAUGGAUAGCAUAAAUAAACCAGGACCACAAAUACCUCAAAGUAAUAUAACAAUGCUUUCCAAUCAUCAUCUAAUCAGUACUCAACAAAACCACAGAUUAUUACCAAUGCACAUGACUCAACAUGACAAUAAUCAUAUGAUGCAAAGUGUACACAUGCCACAUCAUAAUAUGUCUAUGAUGCUUAAUCAUAGGAUGCCUCCAUCACACCCGAUGCCACCAUCAAAUGUGAGUUUGAAUAUAACCCCCUCACAUCCGAUGCCCCCAUCAAAUGUGAAUUUAAAUGUGAGACCUGACGUGCCACCGUGGAUGCAUCACCCUCCACAUGCUAUGAUGAAGCAAGAGUGACGACUUCAAACUGCAGGUCCAAAACAGUCUUAUAGAUAUUAAUGUCUCUGUGAUCGUCGAUGGUCUGAAGAAGUAUAUCCGCUGCUAUCAACGUCCCAGUUCUACCAACUCCAGCGCUGUGAAAACAAGUAUUAUUUUAAGUUGCGUUAGUGUAAGUAUACGAAAGCAUUGGAUUUUUGAGACUGAAUUUUCUUUGUGCCAAACGUCGGCUUUUUAUCAAUCGGUUAGCGUUAAGAGCAAAUGAAGAAAAAACAAUAGAUUUACAUUUUUUGUUGCUACUCAUUUUUACAAGUUCCUGCUUAUAAUUUAUUCCGUGUAACACACUAGAUUAUGCCAGGUAUUUUUUAUAUUAAUAUUUUUAAAUAAAAGAAUCAAACAUA